AUGGUGCAGUUAAAACAAGUCGCGCUUCGUCUGAAGUCGGUUAAAAAUAUUCAGAAGAUAACGAAAACCAUGAAGAUGGUGUCAGCUAGCAAGUUUACAAAAGCAGAACGCGAAUUAGCAUCAGCUCGUCCUUUCGGAUAUGGUCCUCGGAAGUUCUACGAAUCGAGUCAAUUAGUGAAGGCGGAGAAGAACGGUGAUGAAAAAGGGAAAAAAUCCACACCUGAACCCGUAACCACCGAGAAGCCGGAAGAGGGCAAGGAUGCUAAGAAAACCAAGAAGCUAUACGUGGCUGUGACCUCCGAUAGAGGACUUUGCGGCGGUGUGCAUUCGGGCGUGUCGCGGCGUGUGCGGCGCACGCUGAGCGAGCGCGCGGGCGAUGCGGCGCGGCACCGCCUGGUGUGCAUCGGCGAUAAGUCGCGCGCCAUGCUACGCCGCGCCUUCGCCGAGAACAUGCUCGUCAACGUAAAAGACAUUGGUCGCAUAGCGCCCGAGUUUGUCGACGCGUCUGUGAUCGCCGCGGCUAUCGUGCAGUCGGGCUACUCGUACGAAGUUGGCGAGAUCUUCUACAACAAGUAUUUCAGCCCCGUCAAGUACGAGAUGACCAUUAUGCCCUUUUUCAACAAAUUCAAGAUUGAGACAGCACCAAACAUGAACGCCUUCGACGAGGUGGACGACGAGGAACUGGAGAGCUACUCGGAGUGGACGUUCGCGGCGCUUCUGUUCUACGCACUUAAGGAGUCCGCGGCGUCGGAGCAGUCCGCGCGGAUGGCGGCCAUGGACAACGCCACCAAGAACGCGGAGGACAUGAUCAGGAAGCUGACGCUGCUGUUCAACCGAACGCGCCAGGCCGUCAUCACCAGAGAGCUCAUCGAAAUCAUUUCGGGAGCUGCCGCCUUGUAGCUGUUCGCUACGAGGACAAGUCAGCGUUUGACUGCGACCUUUUACGAGGAUGCAGUCUUAAAACUCACUACCAACCCACUCCGAAUUGACUCGGUAAUGACAGUAGAGAUACUAAACAAGCUUUAGUAGGGCUACAAUAGCCAAAUAGACAAAAGAGAUUAGAUGUCACUUUCAUAGUAAUAGGUAUCUGUGCUAAUUUCAUUAUAAGUAAUAUUACUUUUUAUUUUGCAAU